AAACCGAUCAUGUAUUAUUGAUGAAGUGAACGUUUCUUUUGUGUUUGUUAAAACAGACGUGCUGAAAGAAGCGAAAGAGCUGAGGACUCGUGGUGCAAAAUGCAAGAACAUCCCAGGCAAGACCUCCAGAUUCGAUGAACACGCUCCACCAUGAUGUACGGCCAAAUUCUCCACCAUCAAGGCAGGGAGGAAGAUCUUGUAAACCUGAACAUUGGAGGCAUCCACCACAAGGUGGAGCGUUGUGUUCUCCUCCGAUUCCCCCACACUCGCGUGGCUCAACUAAUCCAGUGCCACAGUGACGCCGCCAUCUUGGAGCUCUGCGACGACUACAGCCCGACAGAACAGGAAUACUAUUUCGACAGAAGCCCGCAAGUCUUCCACUGCGUCCUGAACUUCUAUCGCACUGGACACUUCCACACUCUGGAGGAACUGUGCGUGUUCUGCUUCAGCCAGGAGAUCGAAUACUGGGGUCUCUGUGAACUGGAUCUAGACGCCUGUUGUCUUGAAUGGUUCCUCGAACGUAAAGACGAACAUGAGUUGAACUCAAGUGGACAGUCCAGUAAAAAUGCAUCAUCUGGAGAGAUUUCGGUCACAAGUGAAGAUUUGUGGAAAUCCGAAGGCAUGCGGUGCUCAGAUGUUCGAAAGCUGAUGUGGGAAACUCUUGAAGAUCCUCAACACUCCAGAUGUUCCCGAGGUGUGGCUGCGGUUUCUGUCCUAGUGAUUUUGAUCUCCAUCCUGGCCAUGUGUGUCCACAGCUUGCCUGAAUUCAGAUACCAGACAGAUGGUGAGCAUUCGGUCCUGGACUCCGUGGAGCUCUUCUGUAUUGUCUUCUUCUCAGUUGAGUUCUUCUUGAGGGUCAUUGCUGCUCCUCAACCGUUGAGGUUUUUGGGAAACCCUUUGAAUAUGAUCGACGUUGCUUCCAUCUUGCCUUUCUACAUUACGUUAGCCGUUGAGAGAUUAGACGAAGAAGACAAGGAGGAAAACCAAAGCCUGGUGAACAUGGGCAGGGUGGUUCAGGUUCUACGGCUGAUGAGGUCCUUUAGGGUCCUAAAGCUUGCGAGACAUUCUGAGGGAAUGAGAGCUUUCGGGGAGACGCUGAUGAACUGCCAGUGUGAGGUGGGUCUGCUUGUUCUUUUCAUUACCGUCGGGAUCUCCUUCUUCUCAACUUUUAUCUACUACACGGAGAAGGAAGAAGCUUCAUCCCAGCUAUCUUCCAUUCCCAUUUGCUGGUGGUGGGGCAUUAUUUCCAUGACAACAGUGGGUUAUGGAGAUGUUUAUCCAUUGACUGUGGCUGGAAGGAUUGUAGCCACAGUUUGCAUUCUCUGUGGGUUACUUGUGAUUUCUUUACCUAUCACCAUCAUCAUGAACAAUUUUUCUAAGUAUUUUGAGAAGAAUAGGAAGUGCCUUUCUGAAGCUAAAGCAUAGGGAGACGUCAACCAUUCACUGUGGUUUAAAAUGGUGGGUGGCUUUUUCAAUAUUUACUCCAGAAACAGUUUUGUGGUAAAAGUUGAAGGGAAGACAUUUAUUCAUCUGACAAGACAUUAAUCUUUACAUAUACCAAUGAUGAUAAUAAUAAUAAUAAUUAUUAUAAUAAAAAUAUGGUAAUCUGA